AUGUCAUCUUCACCACCAGUUACUGGUAACUUUAUCAAUAACAUGGUAAUCGAUACUACUCAUGCUGCUCCCUUUAAUAAUAGUGGUGGUCUACCCAACGCUUCUUCCACAUCUACAUCAACAUCAACAAACAACACUAGUUAUUUAUAUCAUAAACAACUACACAUGCCAACAGGAAUAGAGUUUUGUAUAAAAGGAAAUGUAACUUCAAAAGAUACUGUAAACCUCAUCGUUGCUAAAACUACCGUCAUUCAAAUAUAUUCUAUAAAAUAUGAAAAGAAUGAACAAACAGAACAUCAACAACAACAGAAACAACAUAAUAGUGAAGAGUCUGAUAUGUCUUUUCUUGAUUCCUCUGAUGAUGAUGAUGAUAAUCAAAAAGAUAAUAGUAACAAUAACAAUAAUAAUAAUAAUAAUAAUAAUAAUAUGACGGAUCAACAAAAACCAUGGUUAGAAUUAAAUUAUGAAAAGAAUCUAUUUGGAGUGAUUGAAUCAUUGAAUUGUGUUAGAUUUCCAAAUGAAGAUAGAGAUUGUAUUAUUCUUACAUUUAAAGAUGCAAAGUUGUCUAUAUUGUCAUUUAAUCAAAACACUCAACAAUUGGAUAUUCAUUCGAUGCACUAUUACGAAAGAAACGAAUUCAAGAGUGGAAGAGAGACAUUUAGAUCUCCUCCCAUUCUUAAAAUGGACUAUCAACAAAGAUGUGCUGUCAUGUUGUUGUAUGAUAGACAUUUAGUUGUACUACCAUUUAGACAUACAAUGUCUUCUAUUUUGGAUGAAGAAGACGAAUAUGAAGAAGAACACAUGACCAAGGAUAGUAAUAAUAAUAAUAAUAAUAAUAAUGUCAACGGUAAAUCAACAGAAUCUUCAUCUUCUUCGUUUACUUCAAAAGGAAAUCUUAAAGAUUCCUAUAUUAUAUCAUUAAAAUCUAUUGGUGUUGAAAAUGUUAAAGAUUUGACAUUUCUUCAUGGAUACUAUGAACCUACUCUACUCAUUUUACAUGAGCCUUCACAAACUUGGACAGCCAGAAUUGCCGUUAAAAAGUUGACAUCUUGUUUGACUGCUGUCACUCUUAAUCUCUCUCAAAAGCAACAAUCUAUUAUUUGGAGUUUUGACCAUAUGCCCUACAAUUGUGAAAAGUUAUUAUCCGUUCCAGAACCACUUGGAGGAUCAUUGGUUAUAACUCCAAAUAUAAUGUUUUAUGUAUCACAAUCGUCUCGAUACGCCCUGGCAACCAAUUCCUAUGCUCUCAUUGACACUACCUCUCCAACUGGUGAACCAUUUGCCAUACCAAUCGAUAACUCGUCAACCAAUCUUGUUUUUACAAUGGAUUGUGCAGUCUAUUCAUUCCUCGAAAAAGAUCGUCUCCUUGUUUCUCUUAAAAAUGGUGAUCUUUUAAUCUUUCACCUCAUAUCUGAUGGUAGAAGUGUUCAACGUAUCAACAUUACAAAGGCUGGUAAAAGUGUUUUAUCUUCAAAUAUAUGUGUUUUAUCAUCAACAUUAUUAUUUUUAGGAUCAAGAUUGGGUGAUUCUCUAUUAUUGGAAUAUACAGAAAAAGUUAUUGAUGUUGAUACAAAUAAUGUUACCGAAAAUUUAAGUAAUCCAUAUAAAAAACAAAAAACAUCAGAAGUAUUAUUUGGAGAGGAUGAUAAUCCGUCAACAAGUAUUGCUGAAGAAGAAGAUGAUGAGGCAGAUGCAAUUUUUAAUAGAAGCAGAUACCAAACAAAGUCCUAUCAACUCACCAUUCGUGAUCAUAUUACCAAUAUUGGACCAAUCAGCGAUAUGAUCACUGGUAUCUCUUAUGAAUCAAACAAGGGAGAAAAUGAAGAAAAUGAGGUAGAUCAUACUAGCAGCAGAAAUGGUAAAUCCUCUGGUAACGCAGUCAACUUGGCAUCAAUUGCAGAUCGCGAUUAUGAAUUGGUUACCUGUUCUGGUCAUGGUAAAAAUGGAGCCAUUACAAUUCUUCAGAAAAAUGUUCGUCCCGAUAUGAUCAUCUCUUUUGAAUUGUCUGGUGUCAAACAAGCAUGGACUUUGUACUAUGAUCCUGAACAAUCAUCUUCAAAGAACAAAAAGAGACAUCUGGAAAUAGGACAAGAACAAGAAAACGAGGAGGAGGAGGAAGAUAUAAACUGGCACAGUUAUCUUGUUUUGUCACAAGAAAAAAAUACUUUAAUCUUCCACACUGCUCAAGAAUUAAAAGAGGUUGCUACCCUUUCAAACCCCACAGUUUUGGCUGCCAACCUGUUUAACAACAAACGAUUGGUAUUCAUUCACCCCACUAGUAUCAAGGUGAUGAAUGGACAUUCAUCUGUCACUCAAGAGAUCAAACAAUCACCAAUUAAAUAUGCCUAUGUUUGUGACCCCUACAUUUUGCUCCACCACCAAGACGGAAAUAUAUCCUUGUACAAGGGUAACCCAAAGGAUCUCACAAUCUCCAAAUUAGAUAUACCAUUCAAUUCAAGCAAAACAACAUCAAUUAUGACUUGCUCAUUAUUUAUUGAUCUUAACCCAAUUAGCAAUUGGUGGACAUUCAAAAAAUCAAACAAUCAAGCAGGUGACAUUUAUCUUUUGAUAUUGGAUAGCAAUUAUACUUUAAAUAUUUAUCUAGCAAGUGACCCAACAACACCCAUAUUUACAACCAAUCAUUUUAAUAAGGAAUUGGAUAUUCUUUUAAAUUAUAAUAAUAAUCAACAACAACAACAACAACAAAAUAUUCAAACUAAUAAUUUAAAUUUUAAAGAGAUAUCAAUCCAUUAUUUAAGUGAUUCUAUUUGGUCAGUUCCAUAUUUGGUAGCAAUUAAUGAAUAUGAUCAAAUUUAUUUGUACAGAGGUUUCAAAAAUGAAAAAAAUGAAAUUAGUUUUAAGAAAAUUGUCAAUGAUGUUUAUCAAGAACUACCUCUUGAACAACCAAUGCCAACAACAACAACUAGUAACAACAACAAUGUUAAAGAAAAAAAGAAAUCAUCCUCAUCUUCUUCAUCCUCCUCUACAGCAACUUCUUCAUCGACACCAUCUUCAACAACAAUCAUUAAUUUCAAUGUUGAAAUGAACAGAAGAAGAAUCAUUCCAUUUUCAAAUAUAGGAAACAAGAGAGGUAUUUUUGUUUCUGGUGUCAGUACUCCGAUUUGGAUAUUCAGUGAAAAGAACUUCCCUCGUAUUCACCCAAUGAAACAACAACAACAAACUACUUCCUCUUCUUCUUCCUCUUCCUCUUCAUCUAAAAGACCAAUUACAACAUUUACUACCUUUCAUAAUAUAAACUGUAAACAUGGUUUUAUCUAUUUUGAUCAUACUGGUAUGUUGUGUAUUUGUAGAUUACCAGAUGGUACAAACUAUGAAAAUGAAUGGCCUAUUCGCAAAUUGGCCAUUCGUAUGACUUGUCACAAGAUAUCAUACCAUCCCGUCCAAAAAUGUUAUGUAUUGGUACUCAGUUAUCCACAAGCACCACAAAGCGAUGAAGAUGAACAAGAGGAACAAGAAAGAGAACUUUUAAAGAAACCAUUGGUGCUAGAGGAAAAGUAUCAGUUGAAAUUGAUCGAUCCUGCAAACAAUUGGAAUAUUAUCGAUUCAUUUUCACUUGCCGAAAAGGAAACCGUUUUAUGUUCCAAGAUUAUCUAUCUACGUCAUGCCGAUGAAAGUGAUAUUAUCCCUAAACUUAAACCUUUUGUUAUUGUAGGCACUGCUUACACUCAUGGUGAGGAUACAGUUUGUAAAGGUCGUAUUUUAAUUUUCGAAAUCGUAUCUCAUCGUAAUCAAUUCAAUACGGCAACUUCAAAAUCUACAACAACAACAACAACAACAACAACAGCUACAACAAAUACAGAAGAGAAUAAUAAUCAAGAACAACAACAAGAUAAAGAAGAACAAGAUGAAGAAGGAAAACCAAAAAAAGAUACCGAAUCAGCUGAUGAAAAACCAAAGGUAGAAGAGGAAGAAGAAGAAGAAGAAAAAGAACAAGAUGAAUCACCAGACCAGAAGAUAGAAACAGAGGAAUUACAACCACAACUACAAAAACGUCUCAAUUUAUUAUAUGAAAAGGACCAAAAAGGACCAGUUACAUCGAUAGCUGGUUUGAACGGUUUAUUGAUCAUGUCAAUUGGCCCAAAGAUGAUUGUAAAUAACUUUUCAAGUGGAUCACUCAUUGGUUUGGCUUUUUAUGAUACACAAAUUUUCAUUGUCAGUUUAAAUACUGUCAAGAAUUAUAUUCUAGUUGGCGAUAUGUUUAAGAGUAUUAGUUUCUUUAAAUUAAAAGUUUGUAUUAUUCAAAAGAAAAAUAUUAUUUUAUUGGGUAAAGACUAUGAAGAAGUUUCAACAUAUUCAAGUGAUUUUAUUGUUGAUGAAAAGAAACUAUCGAUGGUCUUGUCAGAUGCAAACAGAAAUAUUAGAAUGUUUUCAUUUGAUCCAAGUGACCCAGAGAGUAGAGCCGGUCAAAUGCUCCUGGCAAAAUCAUCAUUCCACAUUGGUGAACUCAACAACAAGUUUGUUAGAAUUCCAAUGAAAAAUACAAACUAUGAUAAUAAUAGUAGUAGUAGUAGUAUCAUUGUAAAUGAUAAACAUUUACUUUUCUAUGGUACACUUGGAGGAGGGAUCAAUCUAUUGAUGCCAAUCAACAAGAGAUUCCAUGAAAUUCUACAUGCUCUAGAGACAAAGUUAAUGCAUAGAGGACAAACUGCUGGUUUGAAUCCACGAGGUUUCAGAUACGGACAUCAUGUCAACAACACAUUGGGACAUCUUCACAAUCAAUAUGUUGUCGACGGAGAUUUACUCACUAAAUUCCAAUCAUUAUCACCAGAUGAUGCCAAACAAUUGGCAACCUCUAUUGGAUCAACUACACCCAUCAUAUUGGAUCUAUUAAAUCAAUUACAUCAAUCCUAUAAUUGGUUCUAG